CCAAAAAUCAUGUUUAUUACUGAAAAAGGGAACAACAAAGUUCAGCUGGCAAAGUGCGCUCAUACACAAGUCUUCGAUAAGAACCAGAACAAAUGCAGAGACAAGUUGUCUUCAACCAGCAGGAAAGUACCAUCCACGAAUAGUAAAAUAUGGGAUACUGAAGGUGAUAACUGUUCAAAAGAGUGGGGGCUGAUGGAGAGUGAUGAGUAUACGAUCCUGACCAACCAAUCAAUCUAUGUGAACUCUUCAGACACUCUGUACGACCCACCACAGUACACCUGGCAAAACCAAAGCCUCUUUGUCUGCGAUAGCUUUGGCGGGGACCCUGAUAUCGAUGAAGCCUGGUCAAGCGAAGAUAAAAUCUUAUCGUUUUUAACCAUUGUUUGCAUGUCGAUAUCGAUUAUUGCACUAAUCUUUGUCCUCGUUAUCUAUGCCUUGUUCACCGAGCUACGAACAGCACCAGGUAUCAACCUCAUGAACCUCAGCRUUGCCAUUCUUCUUGCGCAACUUUUGUGGCUUCUUGGUAGUGGACAGACAGACAACUCUAUGGCUUGUACUGCCAUCGCUGUUCUUCUUCACUACUUUUUCCUGGUUUCAUUCAUGUGGACGUCCAUCAUCGCCUUUGACACUUGGAGGACCUUCACUACAAAAGGAAGACGUUCCAUGGUUGAUUCGAAGCACAAAAGACUGCUGCAUUCCUUACGAUAUAUGGCUGUUGGAUGGCUUUCUGUCAUGGUGUACGUGUCAAUCUGUGUGGCUCUUGACCAAUCACAGACAGUCGCCAUAGGGUAUGGGUCACGUGCAGCCUGCUGGAUCACUAACUUCAAUGCCAAGUGGAUUUUCUUUGCAACUCCUCUGGGGCUGGUCACCGUCUUCAACAUUGUCUUCUUCUACCUGACCGUAAAAUCGAUCAGGUCUACCCGAAACCAAGCCAAAAUGGUUGACAACUCGGCCAGCAAGCGUGAUUUUGGCGUUUACGUACGUAUAGCGUCCGUAAUGGGAUUCACAUGGGUUUUCGGCUUCGCUGCACCGUUUGGGUGGGUGUUUCUUUGGUACGUGUUUGUGAUCCUAAGCUCUUUGCAAGGGGUUUACAUCGCCAUUGCCUUUGCGCUCAACAAGCGAGCACGAAAGCUCUAUUGUAAGAUGUGUAUAGUUGACUCGUAUUAG